AUGGCCCCAACUCUUCGUAGACUCAAAAUCGCCGUAUCUGGCCUUGGGCGCAUGGGUGCUCGCCAUGCCCAGCACUUCCUACACCGCACCCCAAAAGCCGAAUUAGUUGCUGCUUUUACGCCGGCGGACAGUGAGCUAGUAUGGGCAAAAGAGAAUCUCGAGCCGUGGGGUGUUAAGAUUUACUCUGACUACGACGAGAUGCUGAAGCACGAGGGACUUGAAGCAGUGUGUGUUGCGGUCGUGACUACAGCACAUGCAGAGCAGAGCAUCAAGGCAAUUGAGGCAGGAUUACACGUCUUGUGUGAAAAGCCAUUGAGCACAAAGCUGGACGUCUGCCAACAACUCCUUGAUGUUGCCGCAAGUCACCCGAAGCAAAAGGUCAUGUGCGGUUUCUCGCGCCGCUUUGACGCCUCCUACCUAUCCGCAUACGCCCAGACCGUAAACGGUUCCAUCGGCCGUCCGACCAUUCUACGCAGCCAGACUUGUGACAAGUACGACCCCAGUGGCUUCUUUGUCGAGUAUGCUCAGUUCUCCGGCGGCAUCUUCGUGGACUGCAAUAUCCACGACGUCGAUCUCGCUCUAUGGUUCUUCAGCGCGGAGAGCAAGAUCUUGCCUAAGGUCAAGAGCGUCAUUGCGUUCGGCGUCACAGCUGUGGAGCCCGAUCUCGCCAAGCACGGCGACGUUGACAACGGCGUUGGUGUCGUUGAAUUCUAUGAUGGUCAAAUCGCCUACUUCUACAGCUCGCGCAUGAACCCGCCAGGUCAGCACGACACGACAGAGAUCAUCGGCACAAAAGGCAAACUUAGUGUCAAUGCCAACCCUACAACCGGACUACUGGAGUCGCACUUGAGCACCGGCAUUCAUCGCGACAUUCCACAGAACUACUACGAGCGCUUUGAGCACGCUUUCGUGGAAGAGGCUCGACAGUUCACAGACGCGGUUCUGGAGAAUAAGGAAGUACCAGUCGAUCUGACGAGCAGUAUGGAGGCCGUCAAGAUUGGCGUUGCGCUACAGGAUAGCUUGAAGAGCGGGAGGAAGAUCGCCUUUGGCAGGGACGGUAAAAGGGUCGAUGAGGAUGGACAGGCGAAGGCGAGGUUGUAG